AUGAUUCAACCUAAAGUCUUAACGCAGUUAUUGACUCAAUGUUAGAACGAAUUCAAGGUCUAAUCAAUUUUUGUUGCAGCCACAAUUGAUGGAUAAAUGAUAGCUUAAGUAGGUUAAACCUAACAUCAAUUACCUCAAUUUUCUACAUUGAGCAUAUUUUUCGAUGAUUGCAAAGAAAUUGGCAGCAUUUAAUUAUCUUAAAACAUUAAGUUGAAUUAUGUAUUUGUCGAAAUAGAAGAUUAAAGCAUUGUAUUAUCCAACUUUUAGAAUUUAUUUACUUUGGGAAUAGCAUCUUCUCAAAAUGUCGGCAUGUUGGUUUUGUAUAUGAAUAAAUUACAUCGUCAAUUAGAAAAGAUCAUUAACUGA